AUGCCCCGUGUACAUAUUUUCGCUGAUAAAUCAGAAGAUGCUGAAUCAAAGGCUAAAUUGCUGGCCAAAGGUAUCGAGAGUAAGGACAAGGACGUUGAAGUCGAGAUCAAGGAUAUCUCUUAUUCGCCCAUGGCGGCAUGCAUGAAGGACUAUACGCAUGAAACAACAGAUAUUGAAGGCGUGGUGAUGCUUGCGGCUGACGCAUUUCUCUUUUCAAGCACUGGUGCACUCUCCGUAUUUGAAAAGCACUUUUUGGAUAACAAGGAUAGUAGUCCUCUCGAAGGAAAAAAGUAUGGUGUGCUCAUGACGGAUAAAACUACGUUUGAUGGUCCCACACCAACCGAUGCCCAUCUUCUCGAUCAAAAGUUGAUUGAACGUUUGGCUGAACGCGGCAUGUCGCAUUAUCCAGUGAUGGUGGAACAAGCACACACCGAUCAGCAGAUUGAGGAUGCUGGUCAUCGUUUUGUGGAGCAAGCAUUUGCACCGCUCUUACAUUGA